CCGUUACUGUAAUUGCAUUCAAACGGUAAGAAUGGCCACAAAGAAAGUCAAAAAACGCAAACCAAGAGCUAUUAUCUGUGACAUUGAGGGCACGACGACAUCGGUUAAGUAUUGGGGCGAAUGUCUGGUGCCGUACAUUAAAUUCAAUACAAAAAUGUGUCUGAAGAGCAGAUGGGAUACACCACUACUUAUGGAUCUCAUUAAUAAUCUCCGCAUAAGUACUGCCGCUGAUAAUGAAAAUGGAGCCAAUAUUCCCGCGAUUGCAGACACAGACCGGAGCCGAGACGUUAUUAUUGAAACGGUUUCUAAUAAUGUGAUCCAUCAGAUGAAUAAUAGGCGAUAUGGAAAAGCAUUACAACACCUGCAGCUCUACGUCUGGUACUACGGCUACCAAAAGGGAGACUUUAGGGGACACGUGUUUGAAGACGUGAGCCGAGCGUUCAAUCAAUGGCAUAAUUUUCAAAAUCUCAAAGUCUAUGUGUAUUCUUCUGGUGUAUAUCUGUCGCAGAAAUUGUUGUUCUCGUGUUCAGUCAAAGGAAAUCUAACGCCACUAAUCCGAGAUUAUUUUGAUGUCGAAACUUAUGGCUCGAAGACAAGCGGUGAUAGUUAUAUGAAAAUUGCUACAAAAAUAGGCGUUAAAACGACAAAUCUUUUAUUCAUUUCCGAUAACCCACAAGAAUUAAAUGCUGCCAAAGGAGUCGGUUGUGAUGUAUUGCUAGCCAUCCGUCCUUUCAAUAGAGAGCUCACAGACGAAGAAAAGCACGGAUUGGAAACCAUUGAGAGUUUCGAUGAAAUAGCUUUCACUUAAAGUUUAUAAAAUAUGCUAUAAAUGC